AUGCAAAAAUGGAUAAAUAAACGAAAGAGUAACGAUGACCAAAGAUGCAACAUUCUUAUUCCACCAGCAGCAACACCAAUGCCAUUGCCACAGAACAGCUGUCGGCAAAAGAGGAAGGAAACAAACGUUCCUAGCAGAAGACUAUUGAGCAGAGUCAUCCAGCAGUUGGCCACGAUUCGGAAGUUUCUCUAUGCAUAA